AUGCAAGUCUGGGACGGCGUCACCGAUGCACGGAUAUCCUUCGAUUGGCAUACAGCGAAACCUCUCCUCACGCCUCGCAACCCGUCGCAGCCUACAACAAUCGCCUACAUGAUCGAAAACGUCAACACGGUCACCGCUCUACUAAGCCGGCUCGAACAACUGGGUGGUGUCGAUUUCUACACAUCUACAAAGGUCAACUCAAUAGAUCUGGGUACGGAUACAGACAAGAUGGACUUCUCGUCGUGGCCAAUCCUCACGCUGUCCAAUGGGAAGACACUGGCUGCUAGGCUAUUGGUUGGGGCGGACGGUGCGAACAGCCCCGUGCGGACAUUUGCAGACAUUGAGUCACGAGGCUUCGACUAUAGCAGACAUGGUGUGGUGGCUAGUCUGAAGCUCGAAGGGCAAGGUUGGGGCGGUCCAGACCACAAGAUUGCAUACCAGCGGUUCUUGCCAACCGGCCCAAUCGCUAUGCUGCCACUUCCAGGCAACAUGUCGACACUCGUAUGGAGUACCACACCGGAAAGUGCUGCGAAGCUCAAGGCACUGUCACAGGCCGAUUUCGUUGCAAUGGUCAACGCGGGUUUCCGACUUUCGCCAACAGACCUGGAGUACCUACACACCCUCUCAUCCGGACAGGCAGAGGAGGUAGCAUGGCGAGAGAAGCAUACGCCCGUCGACGAACACGCGAUACCGAUGCGAGCAGCACACGUGCAAGACGGCACAGUCGCGUCCUUCCCACUUCGAAUGCGGCACGCCGAUACCUACACUGGUGAACGAGUCGCACUGGUUGGCGAUGCCGCGCACACCAUACAUCCACUGGCAGGUCAAGGUCUCAACCAAGGCCAAGGUGAUGCUGCAGCGCUUGUACGGACGAUAUCACAUGCAGUGCAGACGGGACAAGACAUCGGAUCGACAUUGGCGUUGGAGAGCUAUACCAGUGAACGGUAUGCGGAGAAUAAUGCAAUGCUGGGCGUGUGCGAUAAAUUGCAUCGUCUGUAUAGCGUCGAAUCGGGUCCGCUCGUAGGGCUACGAAGUCUCGGAUUGAGAGCAGUCGAUGCAAUGGGCCCGUUGAAGGGUUUCUUCAUGAGCCGGGCUGCUGGCGGAUCGUAG